GCUGCUAUUUAUAGGGAAGAGUCUCUCCCAUUUUGAACUUCAUUCUCAAAUUCUCUGUUAAAAUACAGCUUGUUUACAAAGAGGUAUAAGACUAGGGUUUUAUUCAGAAAAAAAUGGCCGGUAACGGACCCAAUUGGGAUGGAUUGCUCAAAUGGAGCAUAGCGCACUCUGAUGGCACUCGCCCACAGCGCAAUUUGAGUGAGGAAGAUCGAAGAUGGUUUAUGGAAGCGAUGCAAGCACAGAGUGUGGAUGUAAUUCAGCGCAUGAAAGAGAUAACUCUUGUCAUGCAAACUCCUGAGCAAGUUUUGGAGGCUCAAGGAGUUACCCCCGAAAAUAUUGAAGAUAUGUUGGAUGAACUACAAGAGCAUGUGGAGUCCAUUGACAUGGCUAAUGAUCUUCAUUCAAUUGGUGGAUUAGCUCCUCUUUUAAGAUAUUUAAGGAAUUCACAUGCCAACAUUCGGGCAAAAGCUGCAGAUGUGGUUACCACCAUUGUGCAGAACAAUCCACGAAGUCAACAACUGGUUAUGGAAGCAAAUGGAUUAGAACCUCUUCUUUCUAUUUUUACUUCAGACCCUGAUGUGACUGUUCGGACCAAAGCACUUGGUGCCAUAUCCUCUUUAAUCCGGCACAACAAACCUGGUAUUACAGCUUUUUGUCUAGCCAAUGGUUAUGCUGGAUUGAGAGAUGCUUUGGGAUCUGAGAAUGUUAGGUUUCAAAGGAAGGCUCUGAACUUGAUUCAGUAUCUACUGCAUGAGAAUAGGGCAGACUGCAAUGUGGUAAGUGAGCUAGGAUUUCCCCGCAUUAUGAUGCACCUUGCCUCUAGUGAAGAUGGAGAUGUACGUGAAGCUGCUCUUAGGGGCCUUCUUGAGCUUGCCCGUGAGAAGCCAGAUGACAACACUGGUAAAUUCGGUGAAGAAGCUGAGAAGUUAAAGCAGCUGCUUGUAGAUAGGAUUAAAGGGAUUAGCUUAAUGUCAGCCGAAGAUCUAGGUGCUGCUAGGGAGGAAAGGCAACUUGUAGACUCCCUCUGGAAUACCUGCUACGAGGAACCAUCCUCUCUUCGGGAGAAGGGACUUCUUGUUCUUCCUGGGGAAGAUGCUCCUCCACCUGAUGUUGCCAGUCAGCAUUUUGAGCCUCCCCUUAGAGCUUGGGUAGCAAAUCCUGAUACCAAUACUAAGACCACUCCCAAAAAGAAGGAAGCUCCCCUGCUUUUAGGAGGGGGUCCAUCGGCUACAAAUAAUCAAGGAACCCCAAGUGGUGAAGCAGAUUCUGGUCGAUAGAUGAUUUUCCUUUGAUAAAGCUGUGAUGACGUAGCUCAGGCAGUUGUAUUGUCAUUAUGCAUGCUUUCUUUUUAUUUUUUAAAAGAAACCAGGGAAAACUAUCGAUGUAUGGUAAAUUUUGUUUCUUUAAUUUAUGGCAAUGUUUUCAUCGCCUGGGUUCUCAGGACAACCGAAAAGAUGCUUUUGCUUACUAUCAAUGUAUGAUAAAUUUUGUUUAUAAUGUACAGUAAAUUUUGCC